AUUUGAGAUUAACACUUAAAGCUCAUUUCAAAGUUCAAUUAGUAAGCGUGGGUCAGUGUCACUUUACUCACUCGUGAUGCAGAAUAAGUUUAAGGUCUAGUGGUUUAACAUAAUUUAUUAAACUUUGUUACAUUUUGUAUUGCUUUGUGACGUUUUCUUUAUUGAAUCUGUGUGGCCUAGACCUUUUACUUAAAUUAAAAACAUUGUUAGUAUAUUAUUUUCACGGCAACUAAUGCAUUUUAAGUAGGUGAAAAAAAGGCGAAUACACAGAUUCAAAUGGUAGAGAAAGCAGAAUAUAAGGCGGGAGAUUUGGUGUUCGCGAAGGUUAGGGGUUAUCCUCCGUGGCCAGCUAGGGUUGAGGAAUACUCACCACUAGGAAAGAAGAUACCCACAAAAAGAUAUCCUAUUCUUUUUUUUGGAACUUAUGAAGUGGCAAACCUUACCUCUAAGGACCUUUAUUCUUACCACAAGUUUAAAGAAAAAUAUGGCCAGCCACAGAAACGUAAAUAUUUUAAUGAAGGGUUGUGGGAAAUUGAAAAUAAUCCAAAGGUUGUCCCUCCAACACCAUUGGAUGAAGGUCUAGAUGAUGCAUGUGAUGAUCAUGAUGGUAGUGAAACUGAGAAGUCAGAAAGUGGUGAUGAAAGUAAAUUAGGUGUUGAUGAAGACAAAUUAAAGGCUAAAUCUUUGUCGGCAAAUCGUAAAAGGAAGCUGGACCUAAAAGAUAAAAAGAAAAGUAAAUAUGAAAAAGAAGGUAGAAAGAAAAAAAUGUCAAAGUCAGAGCCAGAACGAAGUAGAAGUGGCCGAAUGAUUAAAAGGAAGAAAUUUAGUUCAGAUAGUGAGUCAGAAGAGGAGGAGGAAUGUGAUGAUGAAGAAGAACUAGACACUACAACAGACUCUGUUAAUAGAAAUGUACCAAAUAAAGAAGUUUAUGUUAAAAAUGAAGAACCUCUCUCUCCUCAAGCUGAGAAUAAAACAAAACAAAUUAGGAUGAAAGAGGGUCUUCCAGUGGACAGUCUAGUACACAAUUUUGUAAAAGAGAAGAAAGAAGAACCUUCUGAUACUGAAAGAAAUGCACAAAAAAGUUCAUAUAGCAGUGAAAAAAAAUCUGAGAGACAAGUAUUAGACACCUCAUUAGAAAGCAAAGAUGAAGAUAAAGAAGUCACAGAGAAAUUCAAGAGAAAAAGACGAGAAAAGCAAGAAGAAGACAAGUUAAUAAAAUCCAAAUCAAUUAAAUCAUUUAAAACUGAACCAAAAACAUUGGAAGAUGAUUUAAAGACUUCAUUGAAAAAGGAUGUUGAUGAUAACAUUAAUGAAAGUACUGUAGAACCAGAAGCAACUGUCAGAUUAAAAGAGACAAGAAAAAACAUAAGAAGACCAGAUUCUCCCAAAUUUAAUAGGAAAGGCAGAAUAGCCAAGAACCAACAUGGAAAACCAACUGAGAAACUAGAUAAUGAAGAGGAGUCUGUAAAUAAACAAUCUACAAAUGAAGAAAGCAAAAAUACUACAAAAUAUGAAACAAGGGCAAAAGAUAAACCCACUGAUAGAAACCACUCAGAAAUAAAAGUUAGAGAAAGCACAAGAGUCAAAGAUAAAUCGACAGUCAAAGAUUCUCUAGAAUCUCAAAUCAAAAACAUUUCAAGGCAGGAAACAAGAGUGAAAGAAAAGUCCCCAGAUAAAUUUACUUCAGAAACAAGAAACAAAGAUAAGUCAAGCCAGGAUACAAAAUCAAGAGAGAAAUCGAUAAUUAAACAUCCUCCAGAAGGGAAGAACAGCUCAAGAAAGGAAGGAAAGGACAAAUCAUUGAAUAAUCCUCAUGCAAAAACUGAAAGUAAAGACAUUUCAAGAUAUGAGACCAGAGCAAAAGAUCAAGAAAAGACUGAAAGUUUAAAGGAUAAAUUAAGUCCUAAAGACAUGGACAGAGAUUUGAAAGAUAAUCACUGGGAGAAAAUUCAGCAAAAAAUUUCCAAGCGAGAAGAAGAAAAAGAAAGAAUGAAGACAGCUAAACUGGAGAAAAAGAAAUAUGAAAAGGUUGAAAGACUGAGUAAAAAAUACAUUCACUUGGAAUCUCAAUUGUGUGAAAUAGAUGAAAUUAUCAAACAUAGCCUGGGUCUUGCUAGUGUGGAUGUUAACCGCUGUAUGGAAGCUUUGAAUGAGCUAGAUAAACUGCCCUUAACACAGUUUGUAAUCAGCAGGGAACCUGACAUUGUCCACACCAUCCGAAAGUGCCGUAAGUUUAAGAAAAGUAAAAUAGUUAGACAAAAAGCAGAAUACCUGUAUCACAAGAUCAAGAACCAGUUUCUUCUUCCUGAUGGGGAGAGUUUUGAAAUGGAUUUUGAAAGGGAAGUAAAGAUGUGGAAAGAAACUUUUGACAAGGAACACCCAGAACAAAGAGAGGUAAUUGUGACUGAAAAUGGAUCUGUAAAUGAUUCAAAGUUCACUGGUAAUAAUGCCGAAGAUCAAGAUCCAAUCAGGUCAUAUCUUGAGGUGAAAGAUGAUGAGAAAAGUUCAGAGGGCACAGCGAAAACUUCAGAAACAGAUGAUUCUUUGGUAGAAUCUUCAACAAAUGUUCAAUAUCUGGAAGAACAUUCUUUCCACAAAAAUAAUACUGAGUCUCUUAGUACAGAAAAGAAGAAGGAACAGCUGGAUACAGAAGAAGCUUGAAAAAGAAUGUUUCCAAUCCAGUUUCAGAAGAAGAACAUUCUGUUAUGUCAUAAGAAGACUAUGCAGAUACUGUUACUGCAUAUCUAUUACAUUUUAGCUAUUAAUCUUACAAGCUGUGUUUUAAGGUGAAAUUGAAAUUAGUGAAAAUUAUACUAACGAUGUACAUUACAUGUUACUCAAAUCAUGGAAUUUUUGUUUUUAAGCUGAAAUGUGAUUUUUAUAUAAAUAACACUUUUUUUCUGUAUAGUUGGUGUGUAAUUAUGCAAAGUAAAAAAUCAACUACAAUAUUUAGUUAGGAAAUAUGACACUGUUCACAUUAUUCCAUGUACUUCAUUAUCUUUUGUGUUUGUUUAGUAUUUUACAAAGAUUCUCUGAAUAUUCUAUGUUGACAUCACCUGUUAUCAUUUUGGUUCAUUUGAUAAUUACAUUUACUGCUUCAUGUUUUAAAAAAAAACUAUUUUGUGUAGGAAAUGAGAAUGUAGUUUUCCCAGAUAAACUGCAAAUUUUAUCAGCAUUCAUUGCAUUUAUUAAAAAUAAAAUUAUUCAUUUUUUAAAUCUUUUUUUGCUAUUGUGUGACAUAAAAAAGUGUGAAGAAUGUGAUAUCAUAAAUAAAAAAGAAUCAAUUUUUGAUUAUUGCAGGAACAGUGCUUUAAAGUAUCAAAAAUAUAUAUAACAGCAAAAGAAUCAGUAAAUAAAACAAUGACCUUUUCUUCAUUUA